AUGAGAACCAGUCAAUCUGUGGAGUUCCAUGAGGACUUUUGGAUCCCCAUCCCACUGGACACCAACAAUCUGACUGCAUUUAGCCCGUUCCUGGUGCCGCAGGACCACUUGGGCAGCAAAGGUCUCUUCUAUAGCUUAUCCGCCUUCAUGUUCGUGCUGAUGGUGCUGGGCACAGCCAUCAACACUCUGACUGUGGCAUGUACAAUUCAGCACAAGAAACUGCGCUCGCAUCUCAACUACAUCCUGGUCAACCUGGCUGUGGCAAACCUGCUGGUGUCCACAGUGGGCUCCUUCACAUGCUUCUACUGUUUUGCCUUUAGGUACAUGGCAUUGGGACCGCUGGGCUGCAAAAUAGAAGGUUUUACAGCAACCGUUGGAGGUAUGGUGAGUCUCUGGUCCCUGGCUGUCGUCGCGUUUGAGAGGUGGCUGGUGGUUUGCAAACCUGUGGGAAACUUCGUAUUCACGUCGAGCCACGCCCUCGGCUGCUGUGCCAUCACUUGGGUCUUUGCUCUGGCUGCUGCCAUUCCCCCUUUAGUGGGAUGGAGCAGGUACAUCCCAGAGGGGCUGCAGUGUUCUUGUGGUCCUGACUGGUACACUACAAAUAACAAGUACAACAACGAAUCCUUCGUCAUGUUCCUCUUCUGCUUCUGCUUCGCGGUCCCGUUUUGCACUAUAGUAUUUUGCUACUCACAGCUACUGUUCACACUGAAGUCGGCGGCUAAAGCACAGGCAGAGUCAGCCUCCACCCAGAGGGCCGAGCGGGAGGUCAGUCGGAUGGUGGUGAUCAUGGUGCUGGGCUUCCUGGUGUGCUGGAUGCCCUAUGCCUCCUUUGCCUUGUGGGUGAUCAACAACCGCGGAGAGACCUUUGACUUGCGAUUGGCAACUAUCCCGUCCUGCUUCUCAAAGGCUUCUACGGUCUACAACCCUAUGAUCUAUAUUCUGCUCAAUAAACAGUUCCGCUCGUGUAUAAAGAAGAUGCUGGGAAUGAGUGACGGUGAUGACGAAACCUCCUCAACUUCAGUCACAGAAGUCUCUAAAGUGGGACCAGCGUAG